AGCGGCUUGUUGGAUGAGGUGCUGUGUCCUGCUGAUUUUAAUCCUUACUCAUUAAGGAACAGAGAGAGCAAGUGCCUGUGCAAGCCCUCUGGGGAAGGAGAGAAAGUGACAGGUGAAGGAAGGAACACAGAGCAAUCUACCAAAGGAGAUAAGUGGAGCUACUUUACAAGAGUGGCCUGUUCAAGCAUGCCCACAAACGGAAUUAACAAGGCCCUCAAGCUACAGUUUGGUCUCAUCAACUAUGAGAACCGAUACCUCACAGCUGAGGCCUUUGGCUUCAAGGUGAACGCCUCAGGCAUCAGCAUGAAGAAGAAACAGAUCUGGACCUUAGAGCAGGACGAGCAAGAUGGACAGGUAGUGUUCCUCCGAAGCCACCUGGGACGAUAUCUGGCCUCUGACAAAGAUGGGAAGAUGACCUGUGGGGCAGAGAAGCCUGACCCUGACUGCCGUUUCCUUAUUGUGCCCCAGUCUGAUGGUCGCUGGGCUUUGCAAUCAGAGCCUUACCUGCGUUACUUUGGAGGCUCUGCUGACUAUCUGUCCUGCUUUGCCCAAGCUAUUGGGGAACAAGAGUUAUGGGCUGUCCAUUUGGCCUUGCAUCCUCAGGCCAGCCUGCUCAGUGUGGCACGUAAGCGCUAUGCCCAUUUAUCUGCUUCAGAUGGAGAGAUCUCAGUGGACAGCAACAUUCCCUGGGGAGUGGACUCCCUGGUAACCUUGGUAUACCUGGAUGGCAAGUACAGCCUGAAGACCUGUGAUAGUCGUUUCCUCAGAAAUGAUGGCAAACUGGUGAAAGAGAACACCAAUACAACUAGCUUCACACUGGAGCUGAAGUCUGGAAAGCUGGCCUUUAAGGACUGUGAUGGGAAAUAUCUGAGCCCUUUGGGUCCUACUGGAACUCUGCGAUCUGGCCGAUGCUCCAAGCCUGGAAAAGACGAGCUUUUUGAUCUGGAGGAGAGUCAUCCCCAAGUUGUUUUUCAAGCUGCCAAUAAAAGAUUUGUCUCGGUCAAGCAAGGAGUGAGUAUUUCAGCCAAUCAGGAUGUCGAGACAGACAUGGAGACCUUUCAGAUGGAGAUUCACAAGGACACAAAAAAGCCUAUGUUCAGGACAAAUGGUGGAUCCUACUGGACUCUUGUGUCUCACGGAGAGAUCCAGUCCACUGCAACAGAAGUAGAGGUCAACACAAUGUUUGACAUUGAGUGGCGAGGAAAGAGAGUGGCCCUCACAGCAAGUAAUGGAAAGUAUGUUUGCACAAAGAAGAAUGGGCAGCUCUCAGCGGUCAGCGAUGCAGUUGGUAAGUGCAUUCAGGCAACAUUGAAAGGUUGGAAGAUACCCCCACAGGUACACGUCCAAUGCACAUAUCAUAAUCAGUAUUUGUCCUUAAUUGCAGGUGAUGGGGAAUUAUUCCUGAUGAAACUCAUCAAUCGUCCUAUGCUGAUCCUUCACGGAGAGAAUGGCUUUGUGUGUCACCACAAGAGCUCCAACACUCUGGAUGCAAAUCGAUCAGUCUAUGACAUUUUCUCAUUGAUCUUCAGUGACGGCGCCUACUAUGUAAAAAGUGUGAAUGGCAUGUUCUGGUACGUCUCUAGCAGUGGCCUCGUGUGCUCAGAUGGAGAGAAGCCUGAGGACUUUUUCCUUGAGUUCCUGGAACAUGGAUGCGUCGCUAUUAAGGGCUCUAAUGGCAAGUACCUUCGAGGAGAUAAGGGAGGUACACUCAUGGGGGAUGCAACAACUGUUGAUAGAUCUUGUCUUUGGGAGUACUGAUCACUUUCAGCCAGGGUCCUCAAAGAGCAAGCCAGAAGAUGGGGUGCAGGACCUGCUGCUAUCAACUCAAAUGAAGUGAACUAACCAAGUUACAUUUUUCCUGCCUGCUUUUAUACUAGCUACCCAGUGCCCAAUAACACAUUUAGUUUUAUUUCAAAUUGGAAAGUGCUGAACGCAUUAGGAAGAUGUGUUGAUUUUUUAAGUGUUGAAUGUUUGUCUUUCCAAUUACAUUGCCAACAUCAACCAUAUUGUGUGAAAUCCUGUAAUUUCACAAAUACAGAAUGAGACAGUGGAUUUUUAUUGUGAUCAAAAUAAGUUAAUGACAACCAAAUAUCUUUGAGAGCUACCAUACUGAUAAGUCCCUGAUCAUAGAGAAAUUUUAAAUGAGAGUUGCUGCCUUGGACACAUUCUCCGUGUGGUCUGUUCAAAAAGCUUGGCAAUGAAUGGUAAGAAAAGGAAUGUUAAGUCCUUCUUUUGCUACUAAAUCCCACUGGGUAAACAGACAAAAUAUCCCAAAGCUGAAACAGCCUUUGCAAAUGUUUCUGUCAAAACAACAUUCACACGCUCCUACUAUAAAAUCAAUGAAAACAGAACAUAGACAAUAAAAGGUCAGUGUGGCGUGAGAUACUUUAAUUUGCUUUUAGUUAAGCUGAUUGAUCAUCUUAAUCUUGCUUCUGUAACCACAGUCAAGAAUCCAACUAUUUUUGUUUACCGUUUUUAACCAUUUAAUACAUAUCAGGUUCUUUAAGAACAGUCAUUAAUGGGACCCAAAUUACAAAGGUAAUGCACCGAUGUCUUCAAAGACAGCUAAUGGCUAGUGCCAAUGGUGUUUUCAUUUCUCUUUAUGAACCAUUUACAGCGUCCAUGAAUGCACUUAAUGAAGCAAAUGAAGUAGACUGGAACAAACCCGUAACUCUGCACUGCUGAUCAAUGUACGGUAUAUCCACAGAGGACUUAAUUUAGCAUCACUCCAAACACUGAGAUACUUAAAAAAAAUGUACUGCAUUUAUCAUUACAGAGAUAAGACAUGUAAAGGAAAAAAAGAAUACCAGUAGAAAUGUAAUAUACCCAUUACAGGGACAAGCAAUGAAACCAGAGGGGGGAGGACAUUAAAGUGUUGAUGAAGUACACAUCAUUCUUUAAUGUACCAGGUAUAAACGUGUUCUUAAAGUGCUUCUCUGGUGUUCUGCCUAGGGGCCUUAAACCAUACUGCACUCUGUAUCCCUUAAUGCCCUGUUCUCAUGUUCAGAGUUGGGUGGUAAGAUUAGAAAAUAUAAAUACGGUAAUUAAAAAAAACACAUUUCCUUUUUUUAUUGCUAAGAUUACUUAUACGUAAAAGUGGAAUAAGAAAAGUUGUUAGGACUUAACACCUGUUGUAUCCUAUGAAGAAAUAGGAACACUGCUUGUGUGCUCAGUAGCCUCUAGUAUACCUCUAGCCAGCUCAGCUCUGUUGAGGUGGGACAUUUUUUUGUAUUUUGAUUCAAUCUCUUAUUAAAAUCAAUGAGGGCACAAGCUGAACCUGUAUACAGUUUAUCCUCUAGAUUUUUGUCAGUUUUUUCCUGUGAAGAAUUUAAGUCCGCAAUAGUUCAUGUAAUGUCAAAUCCAAUGAUUUUGUGAUAUAUGCUAAUUGCAAUAGUGGAGAAACAUUUUAGAAAGGCCUGAACUCCUUGGUCACUCAUGCAUCCCGUACCGGCACUGUAGACAGCCUCCAGUCAUAAUUUAGGAUUUGUUAUAUAUUAAUAUAUAUAUAUAUAGGAUGUAAGUUGUUAUACUAUCUAUGUUUUCUUGUAAAAUUUUUGAACAUGUUGAUGACAAUAAAGACUUGACAAUAACUUU